CGCGCCGCGGCGGGCCUGAGGUAGCGUGCGGCCAGUCGAGCGCAGCGGGCAGCGCCAUCGCCAUAGAUAGCAGACUCGCGAUGCUACAGCGCCCCCGGCAUACCUGAGAGGACUGGACCAUCGGCGCGCCACUCGAGCUGAAAAACUAUAACACAUCACCAUGCCCCAGGGGGAGAGCUUCACAAGGAGGCAGUGGUACACCCUGAUUUCAAUAGGGUGUGUCCACUUUACUAGUGCCAUCUGUGUGUCUCUGCAGGCACCUUUCUAUCCUCUUGAAGCAGAAAACAAAGGAUCUACUGCAUCAGAAUAUGGACUGGUAUUUGGAAUAUUUGAACUUGUUUCAUUCAUUAGCAGUCCAAUAUUAGGAAAAUAUAUGAAUGCUGUUGGUGCUAAGCUACUUCUAAAUUCUGGAGUUUGCCUUGCUGCUGUCUGUGCCAUCCUUUUUGGGCUGCUGGCUUUUGUGCAGGGUCAUGUUCCUUUCAUAGCACUCUCAUUUGUAGUCAGAAUAGCUGAAGCCCUUGGUUCUUCAGCAGCUGUAACUGCUGCUUUUUCAAUUACAGCAAUGAUGUUUCCACAUUCAGUGGCAACAACAUUUGCGACACUGGAAAUCUUUUACGGACUGGGGUACAUUGCUGGACCAUCAAUUGGAGGAGUUCUGUAUUCUCUUGGAGGAUAUGUUCUCCCAUUUGUAGUGAUGGGAUCUAUUACAGCUCUAGCGGGCCUAUUGAUAUACUGUAUUCUUCCACCAUUAGAAAUUGGUGAGGAUGUUCAGCAAAAAGGACAGUUAAUGAAAAUUCUGAAAGUUCCUGCAGUUGUGUUGGACAUAAUAUGUAUAAUUGGCACAUCAAUGAGUAUGGGUUUCAAUUCAUCUACACUGGAGCCCCACCUGAGGGAGUUCAAAUUGCCUCCUUUUGCUCUUGGAUUUGUAUUUAUCAUAAGUGGUGGGAUUUAUGCAUUGACAGCUCCAUUUGUUGGAAGACUGUGUGACAAAAGAAUAUACCCAAAGAAAUUGAUGGCAGUUGGAAAUGUUCUAAUUAUUAUUAGCUUUUCAUUAAUUGGACCUGCUCCUUUCAUACCAGUGCCAACGAAGCUGUGGCUGUGUAUUCUUGGGCUGAUAAUCCAUGGAUUUGGAAUAGCAUGUACACUUGUCCCAUGUUUCAUAGAUGCACUAAGAUCAGCUGUUAAAUGGGGUAUGGCAGAUGAUCUGACAACAUAUGGGCUUGUUUCUGGUAUUUGGGCUGCUUCAUUUGCCCUUGGAGAUUUCAUAGGACCUUCUGUAGCUGGAGUUCUUUUUGAUACAGUUGGGUUCAGGACAGGAACUCUCUUCAUAAUUGUAUUCCAGAUCAUUGUGUUAACAUCUGUAGUAAGUUUUCUCUGCUGGGAGAGGAAGACAAGAGUUUCUGUAAUGGCCACAUGGAAUCAUGAAGAAAACAAAGCAGAUUUGCUGGGAAGUGUAAAAAUAGUAUCAAAUGGUUAUGGAGCAGUCCCAACCACAGAAGAAAGGGUAGAAAUACCUUCUUGAAUGGAAAAGAAGUGGGCGCACUGGUGUCCUACCUCAAAUUUUAUGUACUUGGAUGUGUUUUGGGAAGGUUUUGGCUGUGAAAUUAAAGAGUAUGAUGUCAGGAAACUUUAUGUAAAUGCUGAAUGUGAACAUUCACAGAAUUUUGUUUGAUCAGGAGCCCUGUAACCAGAGAUGAUGCAAUGUUGAAGUGGAAAACCAUUUAAUAGAUUGCAAAUAGAAAUGUUUCUGAGCUUUGUUGCAGCUGCUGAAAAAUUAUUUCUUUCAGUGUGUUUUUAAAAUGUGGAAGACUGUUUUUGUACUUAAAUCUGCACAAAUCUAGGUUCCUUUGGGAUAAGUAUUUCAUAAGACUAUCUGUUAAGAGUGCUGCAAGUGGGGCUCAUAACAUUACUAUUUUUGCUCAUGACAUGUUCAUUGCCUGCCUCUAGUCAAACCGUAAACAUUGUAUUUGUUGUUUAAAUGUUUUAUUUAUUUCAAUGAUUUUAAAAUGUUAUCUUUAUAAUGUGACAACAAUUUUUAAUUUGUAAAAAUAAUUUUUUGAUGUGUAAAUAAAUAAUUUUUCAGGAA